CCGACUUUCACUCGCCAUCAACCGCGUCGCUCACCGUUAUCCGGGCCGGACUGUCAUCUACGGUCAGUCUGGUGCAGCCAACUGUCUUGUUUUUUCAACCGUGUUCGGCUGUUUUCUGCGAUAUCCGGCGAAUCACUCUUUGGUGUGUUUUUCUUUUUCUCAGUUUGGACAAGCUGCAUACGUCAAGCGUUUUUGUGCAAUACACAGAAGGCAGCAAGAAGAUGAAGUUGGACAGGGGUUGGAUGUGGUGGGUGCUGCUCCUAUCCUCCCUGGUUGUGGCAGCAGUGGCAGCCCAUGAAAAGCAGCUAGAGGCAGACAUAUCAGAUGUUGAGGAGGAUAUGGGCUUAGACGAAGAGGAAAUGAAGGUUCUGAUGGAGGAGGAGGAGGAAGAGGAAGCAACAGUGAUGGAUGAAGAGCAGUCUGAUGACACAGAGGACAAGGUUGCAGCGAGUGGAAAGGGAGCCUCUGGCAAGACUGGCACUGAUGCCAACAUCUCUUUCCAGGUAACAUACAAGACUCCUGUCCCCACUGGUGAUGUCUAUUUUGCAGAGACUUUUGAUGAUGGAUCUCUGGACAGAUGGCAGCUGUCAAAGACGGUGAAAGGGGAUGCAGAUGAUGACAUUGCUAAAUAUGAUGGGAAGUGGUCUGUGGAGCAGCUGAAGGAGAAUAAGGUUCCAGGGGAUCAGGGGCUAGUGCUCAAGUCCAGAGCCAAACAUCAUGCCAUCGCUGCUAUGUUAAAUAAACCUUUCAUCUUCCAGGAUGAGCCUCUGGUCAUACAGUAUGAAGUAAAUUUCCAGGAUGGGAUUGACUGUGGUGGCGCAUACAUCAAACUUCUCUCAGACACCGGAAGUCUCAAUCUGGAACAGUUCCACGACCGCACACCUUAUACCAUCAUGUUUGGGCCUGACAAGUGUGGAGAGGACUACAAACUGCACUUCAUAUUCCGCCACCAGAAUCCUCUAAACAAAGACGUGGAGGAGAAACACGCGAAGAGGGCUGACGUGGACCUCAAGAAGUUCUACACUGAUAAAAAGACUCACCUUUACACCUUAGUCUUGAAUCCAGACAACAGCUAUGAGAUGUUCAUUGACCAGUCUAGUGUGAGCCGCGGCAGCCUGCUGCAUGAUGUAGUGCCUCCAGUCAACCCACCCAAAGAAAUUGAUGACCCAAAUGACUCGAAACCUGAGGACUGGGACGAGAGGGCCAAGAUCCCUGACCCUGAAGCUGUGAAGCCUGACGACUGGGAUGAGGAUGCCCCUGCAAAGAUUGAAGACCCAGAUGCACUGAAGCCAGAGGGAUGGCUAGAUGAUGAACCAGAAUUUGUUCCAGACCCUAAUGCAGAGAAGCCAGAAGACUGGGAUGAGGAGAUGGACGGUGAGUGGGAAGCCCCACAGAUUCCCAACCCAGCUUGUGAAACAGCCACUGGCUGUGGUGAGUGGAAGCGUCCCAUGAUAAACAACCCUCAGUACAAGGGCAAGUGGAAAGCCCCACUGGUGGACAACCCCAACUAUCAGGGAGUGUGGAAGCCCCGUAAGAUUGACAACCCAGAAUUUUUUGAGGACCUGCAGCCGUUCAGGAUGAUAUCCUUCAAGGCUCUGGGUUUGGAGUUGUGGUCGAUGACCUCAGAUAUCUACUUCGACAACUUCAUCAUCACAUCUCACAAAGAGGUGGCCGACCGCUGGGCCUCUGACAGUUGGGGGCUCAAGAAGCUGGUGGCCAGUGCCAACGAGCCGGGAAUUUUCUCUCAGCUGAUGAUAGCAGCCGAGGAGCGACCGUGGCUCUGGGUAAUCUACAUACUUACAGUAGCCCUGCCCAUCGGACUGGCUGUGCUCUUCUGUUGGCCAAAGAAAUCAGAUGAUGAUUAUGUAUACAAGAAGGUGGACCUGCCCCGGGGAGAUGUAGAAGAGGAGGAGGAGGAGGAGGAAGACGAGGCAGCAGUGGUAGAUGACGAAGACAAAGUGGCCGAGGCUGCAGAAAGUGCACAAGCAGCAGAGGCAACAGAAGAAGCUGAAGAGGAGGAGGAGGAGGAGGAUGGGGUGGGGAUGGACAAUGUAGAGGGAGAUAAUGAAGAGGACAAAGAGGAAGAAGGAGAGGACGAAAGCAAAGCUCCUGAGAGAACGUCAGAAGAUGCACCCAAGGAGGUAGAAGACUCAACUGAAGAGAGUCACAAACAAGCUGUGAGAAAGAGGAGGGUACGGAAAGACUGAAGAGGUUGGGUCCACCUAGUCUGCUGUCUCCCGUCCUGUCUAUGGAAAGGUCCACGUCUCUGCUGCUUCCUCUCCCCCCCCUCUCCUCUUCCUUUCUGAAUGAAGCAGCAUGUCUUUCCUCCAACAACCACCUGGUAGCCUGCAGUCACCCCGGCUGCCCCAUCCACAUCUCCAUCACCUUGGCUACACUCAUUACACAUCUGAAGGAAAAAAAAACAUCCUCUCGUUGACAUCACUUCCUCCUCCUCUAUCAGCCUAAAAAGCCCCACCCCCUCUGUUUCUCCCACCCCUCUGUUCCACUUCACCUCAUCACAGCUGUCAGUCUGAAUAGAAGCCAUUGAGGCUCUUCCCAGGUUCAGCUUCCAACCUUUUCCAGUGUUAGUAUCUCCUCAGAGCUGAAGACCCUUGUCUUGGCCAUCGACUCCGGCUCUUCAUCCCAUUUCUCAACAUAUCACAGGGGCUGCAUCUCCAAAGUUGUUCUCAUGUUCUUUUUUGGUCUCAACAACAUGUUUAAGGAUGUAAUUGAGUUGGGGUUUUUUUCUUUCUUUCUUCAAAAUGGUUUGGCUCUCCAGACAAGGCUGGGGGGAGGGUUAAUGCCAGGCUGUGAGGACAAGGCUGGGGACAUUUCAGCUGAAAAGUUGCCUCAGCUUAGUUUUUAAAAGAUUACCUCUUUUAAAAAAAAAUUGGAUGAUUUUGUUCAGAUUUUAGCUAGUUUUUAAGAAGCAUCAUGUGUUUUUUUACUAAGUUAUAGCAGGAUUUAGCACUGACAGCUAUAUUGGUUUUCUUUUCUGCCAGUAUGAAUAAGCAUUUAAUACAUGCAGUGUUUUGAGUGACUUGAGGCAGUUUUCUUAAAUUCCACCAAUGUGCUUACUCUGAGCCUAGGUCUAUUUGAAAUGUGUUGAAUGAUGAAAUAAUGUAUUUGUGAUGGAAAAAAAUACUGAUAUUAUUGGUGGUUGGGGCAAAGCAACAACAUUUGACUGCCUCAGUCUUUGCUUGUCAAAAAGAAAUAAUAAAUCUGCAGAUAUAAAUAAAUCUGCAGAUAUGAAAUGUGUGAAGACCUGUCUCUUUCAGUCAGUACACAGCGGUGCUUUCCCAGACUUUCCACUAGAUGCAGGGCUGAUCCUAGAUCGCUACCUGGGGAAGGUGUUGAUGCUAAUUUAUUUUUUUUAUAUUAUUGUCGGAAGCUUUUGUAGUUCACAUCGCCAGACACUGGCAGAGAUCCCUGUUUACAUUUGUUUGCAAAUUGUACAUUGCUCUGAAAAAAUAAAAUUAUUUAAUACAAAAACC